AUGGUUUGCUCAAAUCGAACGCGAUUUUCAAAAUCUAAAGAAGCUAAGCUUCAACAACUUCUAGAGGGCGAAGCGUUAGGUGAUCGUGCCCCAUCUCAAUUUUUGCGUUAUCUCAAGUCAUUAGUUCCUGGAGUCGGCGAAGACGUUAUAAAGGCGAAAUGGUUAUCCGCCCUCCCUAAAGAUACUCGCGCCAUUUUAGCUCUGCAAACUACCGCUACUUUAGAGGACCUAGGUGCAAGCGCAGACCAAUUGCUUGAAAUUCUUCAGAAUAGACAAACUGCCGCUGUCUCGCUUAGUUCAGGCAGCACAGACAUUGGCCAACAAAUUCUUGAUUUGACCAAGCAAGUUGCUGCGCUGACCACUACCAUUAACAUACGGCAAUUCAGACAAGCUGGCAGACAACAACAACGACACCAACAUUAUAGGUCCCGCAGUCGCUCGAAUAUGCGUAGUCUUAACAAAGACGGAAUUUGUUACUACCACGCUAAGUUUGGAAAGGAAACCAAACGGUGCAUCGAUGGCUGCAUAUUCUCCGGAAACGCUGCAGAGAGUCAUUAG